GGUCCCUUGCGUCUUCUCCACCUCCCUUCGCCCCCGCGGGCCCCACGGGGGUCUUGGGGAGCAAGUGGGUCGGGGAGGCGGGUGGGAGCGGAGCUACGGGGCGGGGAGAGGCGGGGGCGGACUGACAGGCGGCUAGCGCGGAGCCGUUCUCCUAGCUUACGUAAGGCGCGAGUCCCGCGCGGCCGGCCGGGGCUCCGAAUGGGGGCGGGCGGAGGCGGCGCCGCCCAGCGGGAUCCGGGCUGGAAGCCUCGCGGAGCGCCGCGUCCCGGCGGAGGGGCGGCGGCAAGUCCCCGCGCGAGCCCAGGGUGUCAGAGGCUGAGGCAGAAGCAGCAAAGUUCCCGGGGCUUCUCCGAGGCCGCUGUCCGGGUUGCCAGUUCGGCCUCCCCCUCCUCGCCAAGGCAAUGGCUUCCAAACUCCUGCGCGCGGUCAUCCUUGGGCCGCCCGGCUCGGGCAAGGGCACCGUGUGCCAGAGGAUCGCCGAGAACUUUGGCCUCCAGCAUCUCUCCAGCGGCCACUUCUUGCGGGAGAACAUCAAGGCCAACACGGAAUCCUGUCACCCACCCUCAACAUACACAAGGCCGAGUCCUGUGUACCAGAUUGCACCUGGAAUUUUCUCUUGCGGAAGUUGGUGAUAUGGCAAAGCAGUACAUAGAGAAAAGUCUUUUGGUUCCAGAUCACGUGAUCACACGCCUCAUGCUAUCAGAGCUGGAGAACAGGCGCGGCCAGCACUGGCUACUGGAUGGUUUUCCUAGAACGUUAGUUCAGGCUGAAGCCUUGGACAAAAUAUGUGACCUGGACCUAGUGAUCACUUUGAACAUUCCAUUUGAAACGCUCAAAGAUCGUCUCAGCCGACGCUGGAUUCACCCUCCUAGUGGGAGGGUAUAUAACCUGGACUUCAACCCACCUCAUGUACAUGGGAUCGAUGACAUCACUGGUGAACCAUUGGUCCAGCAGGAGGAUGACAAACCUGAAGCAGUUGCUGCCAGACUAAGACAGUACAAGGAUGUGGCAAAACCAGUCAUUGAAUUAUACAAGAGCCGAGGAGUACUCCACCAAUUUUCUGGAACGGAGACUAACAAAAUCUGGCCCUAUGUUUACACACUUUUCUCGAACAAGAUCACACCUAUUCAGUCCAAAGAAGCCUACUGAGCCCGCCCAGUGGAAGAACCAGGAAGAUAUGGUCAUCCAUUCAAUUAGCCUCUUCGUUAAAGAAAUUGUAUUUCACUGUACCAACUGAAGAGGGGACUCUUGAACUAAGAAACUAGUAAGUCAUUCAAGUCCUUCAACCCUAUCCAUAGAAACAUCUGGUCCAGAAAAAUCCAAAAGUCUUGAAAAUGAACAGGUGAAAGGAGCCAACAUCCACACAAAGUCACUUUCAAAAGGAAAUAGAGAAUCAAAAAUCUUCAGCUGAUGAAAACACCCAAGACCCAACCUUAAACCAGAAGGAACUGUAGUACCACACUCCAACAUGAAUCAUAUAUUGUUAGACAAGGCAUAAAAGUUAUGAAAAAAACAUCAGAAAUCAGUAAUUCACAAAUGCAAGAGAAGUGGGCACAAAAAAAGGUGUGAAAUAAGAAUUGACUGAAUGCAGAAAAGAAAGUGAUUGAAAUGACAAUGAUCUCCAAAAUGAGGACUAAAUUACAAGAUGUACAAGAGGGAAUAGAUUCAACAAAGUAUACGAAGGAGAUAUGGAAAAGUGAAAUGAAAAUUUCCAUGAGGAUGAAAUAAAAUAAGAAAAAAUGAAAAGCUCAGAAAGAAAUUAAUGGCUAUAGAAGAUAGACAAAGAAGACUUACUAAUACACCUAUAACUGAUUCUGUAAAGAAGAAAAACAAAUAAUAAAGCCAAUGUUUAAAGCUAUAAUUCAAUAAAAACUUACCAAUAAAUAAAUAAAUAAAUCCUGAAUCUAUAUAUUGAAAAGGACACUGUAUAUUGAAAGUUACACCAUGGAACUUUGAAAAUUGACUCAGAGUAGUCAACUUUAAGACAUAUUCUUGUAUGUCCAGGAAAACUCCUCUAAGCCUUCAGGCAAAAAGACCAAGUGAUUCAUUGUACAAACCAAACCAACAAUGGCACAAUAUUUUCAAGGAAAGAAAGUGUGAACCAAGGAUUUCAUAUCUAGCCAAGCUGACCUUCAGUUAUCAAGGAGAUGUGGGGAAAAAAAAAGAUAGUUUAUAGUUAAUGACUCUGGGUGAAGGGCACCAGGGGUAGUAUUCUUUUAACUUUUCUACAGAUGGGAAAAAUUUUAAUUACUAAGUUGCAAAAAAAUUUUAACUUUAAAAAUGUAUUGACUAUUUUGAGUAUUUACUGAUUUCUUAAUUCCUCCCUCUCCCCAGCCCCUGGUAACCACUAAUCUACUUUCUGUCUAUGGAUUUGCCUGUUCUGGACAUUCCAUAUAAAUGGAACAAUAUAUGUGGCCUUUUUUGCUUGGCUUUUUCACUUAGCAUCAUGCUUUUAAGGUUCAUCCAUGUUGUAGCAUGGAUCAGUACUUCAUUCCUUUUCAUGGAUGAAUAAUAUUCUAUUAUAUAGGAUAUACCACAUUUUGUUCAUCCAGUCAUCAUUUGGGUUGUUUCCACUUUUUGGCUAUUAUGAAUAAUGCUGCUAGGAACAUUUGUGUACAAGUUUUGGUGUGGACAUACGUUUUUAAUUCCCUUGAUUAUAUACUUAAAACUUAAGUUCCUGGAACAAAUGUAUGGAUACCAAGGGAGAAAGGGGGCGGUGGGAUGAAUUGGGAGAUUGGGAUUGACAUAUAUACAUUACUGAUACUAUGUAUAAAAUAGAUAACUAAUGAGAACCUACUGUAUAGCACAGGGAACUCUACUCAAUGCUCUGUGGUGACCUAAAUGAGAAGGAAAUCCAAAAAAUAGGGCAUAUAUGUAUACGUAUAGCGGAUUCACUUUGCUGUACAGUAUAAACUAACACAAUAUCUUAAAACAACUACACUCCAAUAAAAAAAAAAAAAAGAAUUAAGUUCCUGGGUCAUAUGGUAACCCUAUGUUUAACUUUUUAAGGAAUGACCAAACUGUUUUCCAAAGUGGCUGUUACCAUUUUACAUUCUCACCAGCAAUGAGUUCCAGUGGGUUCCAAUUUCUUCACACUCUUGCCAACACUUGCUAUUGUGUCUUUUUUAUUAUAGCUAUUGUUGUGGAUGUGAUCUUAUUGUGAUUUUGAUUUACAUUUCCCUAAUGAUGUCAAACACCUUUCCAUAUUUCAUUAUUGGCCAUUUGUACGUCUUCUUUGAAGAAAUGUCUAUUUAAAUAAUUUGCCCAUUUAAAAACUGGGUUAUUUGUCUU